CAAAUUCCAACACCUUAAACUGAACAAUUUUGUUUAAUAGUAACAAAUAUAUAAUACUACUGAAAUUCACUAAGAGGUGGACCAUUAUGUCUCUGGGUACAAUUUUUCCGAGCAGGAUUUCUUCCCAAUUCAGGUUGUGCAAGAUUUUUUUGCACGUUUAAUGUAAGUAUGUUUUGCAGGAAUAUUUUGUGGCUAUUGCCCACCCCAUCUCACACAGAAAUAAAAUGUUCCAUCCCUAAACUUUUUGAUUCUUAAAAUUUUAAUACUGUUAAUAAAAUCUGAUGCCCUGAUUGAACGAUCAAGAUAAUACGGUGGAUUAGAAGGGUCAUCAAAAGUAUUUCCUCAUUUUUUGUUGCCACACUUACUAACUGGCCAUCGACACUGAUAACUGUCGGAAAGGUUAACUGUCUAUCACUACUUACAACUGUCGAUCGACACUUAUAACUGUCGAUCUGCAUUUAUAACUGUCAAUUGCCACUUAUAACUGUCGAUUGACACUUAUAACUGUCGAUCGACACUUACACAUGUAACUGUCGAUUGACAUCAGGCCCUGCGCAACAAACAUGUGGUUUUCAAGAUGGCCGACAUGAAUGAGGUAGGAUUUUAAUUAGGAUUAAAAUUAAUUUUUAAAGGCCUAAAAUCUGUGUUUCAAUGUCACAUUUGUAUUGCCAUUUGUUUAAUGUACAUAGAAGCUAUUCAAUAUGUAGUUUCAAAGAAUGGAAGAACUUUCCACAAUGAACAGAGCACGGACUAUUCUGUGUUGUUCAUGGGCAGGGACAGAAGUCGCACUGGAUCAACUCGGAUCGCUGAUUUAAAUAAGAAUGGCAUCAAUUGAGUUGAUCCAGUCUGUACCUGCCUGUUUUUGACCAUGUUCCAUGCUUAUUACUCAUAGGUAACUUAUUAUGAACAAGUAUGUUUUUGGUAAAGAUCAGAGUAGUUAGACAUCAAUUGGCAGCAUUCAUGUUUCUGCAUUUUCUUCUCUUUCAGGUUUGUAAAUUCCCCACUAAACAGAGAGUUCACAAUGAAGUAAUCAGUGAAGUACACGAGGAAAAGGUUAUUGUAAUAGUUUUUUACAAAUGGCUAUUUAAAGAAUCUGACCCACCCAGUAUGCAUUGCACACUCACAUAGUCAAUCCACCAUUAUUGGGGCACCCGAAAGAAGGCAGAGUUACCAUCUGAGAAUUUCCAUCCGUUCGCAUUGAGUGUUUUCUGCUUUAAACAGGUCACGUCUUUACAUAAAUAUUCUCUCCACUUCUUAUACUUAUUUUUUGGCUGACUGGGCGAAAGGAGGCCCUUGGUGUUCAAGGAAUUACCAAUAGCAAGUUUGCUGAGAUAUUGCUCCAUCAAAACCUUGGCAUUGCUACGGAUCGAGAUUACAAUAGAUCGAGUGAGCUUGUGCUCCCAGGGACUACAACAUCGACACAAGGAAGAAGGCAGUUGUUUUUUCAGUUGACCCCAAUGGAAACAGCUGGUACCAUCGGUGAAAUACCAGUUUCCUCUGUACUGUUCAGCAGUGCUGCAGACAACACAUCUGUUAGCAAAUCCCAGGAUCAAGAAGAACCAACAGGGCACCAGACUCUCCUGGAUAAAAUGAUGACAUGGAAUCCUGGCUUUUCUUCCAUGGAAGGAAAUUUGCACUCAGAAGCGGUCAACGAAGAGGAAUCUGAUGGUGAGUACGCUAUUGAUUUGAGUAGCGGUGAAGAUUCAGACGAUGUCAGUGAAGUAGAGGCUGGGUUGGAUAGUGAGGUGGAUGGGGAUUAAAGUGACUCAGAAGAUGGUUCAAGUGAAGAGGAUUCGAGUCUUGAUUCCUUCCAACUGGAUCAUACACAGUAAGUUAUCACACUGUAGUUUUUUCGUGU